UUCUGUCUCUGUCCUCUCCGAAGGGUGUUUGUAUUCAUCUGGUCUGUCCUUCUUGUGCUCCAACAUGAGCCACUAUGCCUCUUCCUCAUCCUCUUCAUCAUACCGUCGAAUGUUUGGUGGUCCCGGCUACCUGACGCCACCAAUGUCCCGUGCAAUGUUCGGCCGAGCCUCCACCGGGGGGUCUGGCAGCUCUCGGAUCAACUCCAGAGUCUACGAGGUCACCAAGGCCUCCACUUCCUCUCCUGGAUUCUCCAGUUAUCGAGCCUCCUCCUACAGUAUGCCCAACUUGUCUGCGGGCUAUAACCGUUCCUAUGGUGGGAUGGGUGAGACGCUAGACUUCAGCCUGGCCGACGCACUCAACCAGGAGUUUCUCCAAACACGCACCAAUGAGAAAGCUGAGCUUCAGCACCUAAAUGACCGCUUCGCCAACUACAUUGAGAAGGUUCGCAUGCUGGAGCAGCAGAACCAGGCAAUGGUGAUUGAGGUGGAGCGCUUGAGGGGGCGGGAGCCAACACGGAUUGCUGACCUUUAUGAGGAUGAGAUGAGGGAGCUGAGAAGAGAGACCGAAGUGGUCACCAGUCAGAGAUCACGUGUGGAGGUGGAGCGGGAUAACUUGGCAGAUGACCUGCAGAAACUGAAACUCAGGCUUCAGGAGGAGAUUGCACUGAGGGAAGAGGCAGAGAAUAAUCUGGCCGCUUUCAGAGCGGACGUGGAUGCUGCCACUUUGGCCCGCCUGGAUCUGGAAAGACGUAUAGAGACUCUCCAGGAAGAGAUCGCCUUCCUGAAGAAGAUCCAUGAAGAGGAAAUCCGUGAGCUGCAGGCCCAAAUGCAAGAGACUCAAGUCCAAAUCCAGAUGGACAUGUCCAAACCGGACCUGACUGCUGCCCUGAGGGACAUCCGUGCUCAGUAUGAGGGCAUCGCUGCAAAGAACAUUGCAGAGGCUGAGGAUUGGUACAAGUCAAAGGUGUCAGACCUUAACCAGGCAGUGAGCAAGAACAACGAGGCUCUCAAACAAGCCAAGCUGGAUACCAUGGAGUACAGACACCAGAUCCAGUCCUACACCUGUGAGAUCGACUCCCUCAAGGGCACCAACGAGUCUCUCAUGAGGCAAAUGAGAGAUAUGGAGGAUCGCCACGGUCGUGAAGCUGGUGGUUUCCAGGACACCAUCGCCAGGCUGGAGGCAGAGAUUGCUAACAUGAAGGACGAGAUGGCACGUCACCUGCGAGAAUAUCAGGACCUGCUCAAUAUUAAGAUGGCCCUGGAUGUGGAGAUCGCCACCUACAGGAAGCUGCUAGAAGGAGAGGAGAGCAGGAUUGUGAUGCCCAUGCAGUCAUAUUCCACUAUAAGCUUUAGAGAGACAAGUCCAGAGCACCAACAGAGAACAUCUGAAAUGCACUCAAAGAAAACCGUCCUGAUCAAGACCAUUGAGACGCGUGAUGGGGAGGUGCUGAGUGAAUCUACACAACACCAGAAGGACAUCAUGUAAACCUCAGAAAAGGAGCGGCAACCAAAGAAUCAAACCAAGAUGAAAAUAAAACCGUUAGGACAUUUUUUCAUACUCUGUACUUUUCUUUUGUUUUUCCACACAUCCUAAAAGUGAUAUGAGCACAUCUGCAUGAGUGGGAGAAGAGAGUGAUCACAUUCUUUUAAAAUAUGUAUUUUUAAGCAUUUUUAGUCCAGUUAUAUAUGUCAGUUUGGAAGAAUGUGAGGUAGAUGUAAGGUAAAAGGACAGAAAUAGUAAAGGAA